AUGGUACACAGGGAGACAUUAGAAAAGCAACAGGAGUGUCUAAAGAGGCAAAGGGAAGCCGUGAAAUACAGACUGAAAAAACUGGCAGCACGGCAAUCAGAAAUCACAAAAAGGUCCACAGUGAUAAGAGAGAACAUCAUACGGAAAUAUCUGGAGAUCCGGGCCAUCCUUGACGAGGACCUGAGGAUCACCCUGUCCCACCUGGAGAUGGAGGAGCGGGCUGCAGUCUCUGCCCUGGAUGGGCUGAUGGAAAGGAACUGUUCUCUAAUCCAGGAGAUAGAGCAGGACCUGGCCAGACUCACUGUGGCAAUGGAUCAGACCGACACAGACCCUGAUACAAUGUCUUUCUUUUCAUACCCUGAGCAGCAAGACACGGAGACAGUGGACAGAGUGAUAGAUCUGCUAAACAGCACAGACCCGAGCAGUGUGAGGCUGGACGAAGCUAAAGCCGAGCAGAUCCUCAGCCUCGCCAACAACAUGCUCCUGCUGAUCAGCUCGCAGACACCUAUAAUCAAGAGCUUCACCAAGAGUUAUUCCAGCGAGGUGUGUUUGGACCCGGAGACGGCCCACCCAAAGCUGAUCAUCUCCCCCAGUGGGGACAGCGCCAUCUACACAGACACCUGGCAGCAACUUCCUGACCUCCCUGGACGCUUUGACACCACCCUCAAUGUCAUCAGCUUGCAAGGGUUCAGCUUUGGCCACCAUUACUGGGAGAUUGAUGUGACUGGGAAGACUUACUGGGAGCUGGGCGUCACCUAUCCCAACAUUCCACGCAAGGGCACCACUGAGGACUGCUGGCUGGGCCGGGGGGACGAGUCCUGGUGUGUGGAGUUCUUUGAUGGGGAGUACACAGCCUGGCACGGAGGGGUGCCCCAUCAGCUGUCUUUCACAAAACGCUUCUGUCGGAUUGGUGUUUUGUGUAGUUUCCCGGCAGGGUUGGUGACGUUUCUUGAGGCAGAGAACAUGACGCCGCUGUUCUCCUUCUGUGCAGGAACCUUCUCAGACUGCCUCCACCUGGCUCUGUGUCCUGGCCAUGACCACAAUGGCACCAAUGCGCAGCCUAUUGUGAUCUGUAAUGCUCCAUCUCCUACCAGUGAUCUCUGA